UUGAAGAAAUCAAGGAUGAGGAGAGGAGAAGAGAGAUACAAGAGGUGGGGGAGAUAAAGCAAAAGCAGAAGGAGAGAAAGAAAAACAGGAAAAGUGAGGACGAGGAAACAAGAAUAAUGGCUGUGACAGAGGUUUCUGGAAGGAAGAUGACUGAAGAUCAAAAGACAAAAAAUAAAGAAAUAAGAAGUAUUAAGGAAGAAAAGAGAAUAGAUAACGGAGGUGAGGAAGAGACGACAAGAAAGGAAAUUGUGAGAAAAACUACAGAGCAUAAAAUGGAAAGAAAUGAGGUAGAGCAAAGAGAAAAGCCCGAGAUGAAGAAAAAGCUGUUGAAUGAAGACAUCAGGGGAAAAGAUGAGAAUAAAAGAAUAGAUGACAAAAUGCAACUCACGGAAAGUGAAGAAAAGAAAAAGAACGAUGAGGAGAGUUUGGAAAAUCAAGAUAUGAUAAGGAAGGAGGAAAAGACUAAAACAAACAAAGAAGAGCUGAUUACAAUGAGAAUGGCAGAAAUGAAACAGAAUGAAGAACAAGAACACAGAAACACAGAUGAAGUAAUAAAACUCAAGCCAGAGAUUUGUGAGAAUAAAGACCAGAACACAAAAAUGGAACAUGAGAGGAAAAAAGAUAAAGAAAAGAAGCAAGAAGAGUUGCAGAAACACCAAGAGGGGCUUAGUAUAGGAAAAAAGAAGGAUGGGACGGGAAACAAGGAAGAUGCAAAGGAUUAUGGAAAUGAGGUGAAGGAAAACAUACAAGCAGAAGAAAGGAAAGUAGAAGAAGAGUUGAAAGAACGAGUCAUAAGUAAGAAUGAGCUGCGAGACAAGGAAAGAGAAAAUAGCAGCAUGCAAUCUCAGAAUACUGGCAGGAUCUCACACCCAGGAGGCAGCACCACGCGGACCUCAAGUGCUGAUCCACUGCAGAGUGAAUCUACAGCUGACCCUGUCAGCUCUGAAACUGCAAAACAACAGAACCUAAACAAGAACAUCAGUCAGAUCCCUGUGUAUAAAACCAGUAACCGGCAAGAUCCUGCAAAGCCUGGCACUUCUUCUUGCUUUUUGCCUGCAGGCCUUCCAGAGCACACAGAGCAGAAAAGGCUGUUGUGGAUGAAGGAAUGCAUCCCUUGGUCUAAUCUGUCCUGCCAGAACAGGAGGAAGCAGAAAGGAUCAGUCCGGAGUAGGACAGGGCCAAGGAGGGUGGCAGAGGGUAGCAGUCUGCCCCCUCUGUGCCCACACACUCUGCUUCAGUCCACAGGAUGGAGAUCCCUGCAGGAGGUUACCAGCGUGACCUUGGAGGACUUACCUGGCUGUAGCCUUUUUACCCUUGCCCAGUGUACUCAACUUCAGUCGCUCACCCUCAGACGCUGUGGACUGAAAUCAUUGGAAAGUAUCAACCACUUACAAGAGCUCUGGUACAUUGACCUACAGGAAAAUGACAUCUCAUUUGUGGAUUGUGAAAACAUGAGCAGCUUACGAGUUCUUCAACUUGCCCACAACAAGCUGACUUCCAUCCAUGGUUUAAAUGGUGCUGAGAAUUUGGAUAUUCUUGAUCUCUCGCAUAACUCCAUCACCCGUAUUGCUGGUCUGGAGUCUGUAAGGAGGCUACAGAGGUUGUCAGUGAACCACAACCAGCUGAUCAACACCAAAGGGCUGAGAGAUGUAUAUACACUGCUCCACCUGGAUUGCUCUCACAACCACCUGGCCAACGUGGAGGGUCUGGAGAACAGUGCUCUGCUUCACACACUGGAUCUAAGAGGAAACGGCCUUACUGAGCCCCCGAGUCUGAACAACCAGGUCCUCCUCAGAGAGCUGUAUCUGGAUGACAACAGCGUCUCCUCCCUUCACGGCCUCGCUGCCUGCUGGCUUCCUCUAAUGCAGCACCUCUCUGCAGCUCAAAACGGAAUUACUCAGCUGCCCUCCAUGUCUAAUUUUGUGUCCCUUGAAAAUCUGGAUCUUAGAUACAACUGCCUGUCAGACCUGCAGAAUGUGUGUGAAAAUCUUGAGGGAUGUCAGUUCCUGCGUGAAAUCCACCUCACAGGGAAUCCUCUUCAGCAGGAGAGUGGCUGGAGAUCCACACUACAGAAAUCAGUGCCUGGCCUUAGAGUCAUUGAUAGCCAGGAGACAGAUUCCUUUUUCUUGCCUCCAGCUGUUCAGCAGGUCAGCUUGGCCUCAGACUGCUUCCUAACUUUCUGCCAGGCUCAGCUUCAGCAGACUCAGAAUUUACAGCAGCAUCACAGCAGGGAGCACAGCAGACUUGCAUUUCCCUUUAAUGAUGUGCAAAGCUUCUGCUGGCACUUCAGUAUGACUCUGAAGCUGGCUGAGGACCAGAGAUUUGCCCAUGAAUAUGGUGAGACCACUGUGUCUGAUGAACACUGGGCUGCAAGUCAAACAGCGCCUGAGAAAACACUGGAUAGUGUCAUUGGUGAAGAGCUUAUGGAUUGCCGAGAUAUAGAGUCCACUAACAAAUUACCACCAGUCUUUCCAAAUAGAGACAUCAUGAGAUGCAGCUAUUGGAAUUUUGAUGAGACUCCAGCUACAGAGAGUCACUAUGACACAUUUGGCCCAAAACAGGGUCCAGCGACCUUCUUCAGUGAUGAAAAGGCAUCUGUCUCCAGCCAUCAAGACUUAAACCUCAAAAACACAGCAGCAGUUGUGAUUCAGCAAUGUUGGAGGAAAUACAAGCAGAUAUGUGGGAACAUUAAUGCUCCCCCCAUCACAGAGAAAGGAGGAGAAAGAGGAGGAGAUGGAGGAAAGCCAGAGUCAAGACUUUUCUAUAUUAAUAGGAGCACUGCUGGCAAACACUAUGCGGCAACUGUCAUCCAGGCAUUCUGGAGGGGCUACUCUCUGAGGAGGAGGCUCACAUCUGCUCUUGCUGCUGUGACAUGCCCCAGUGUUGGAGAGGAUGACACCUUUGAGGAGGUGGACAUAGAUGAAUUUGUCUUUGAUGAGGCAGCUUUGGAGGAACACUGCACACUGAUGCUUUCUCAGGACUCGUCUCCCAGACACCAACUUGUGUCAGAGCAGCAAUUAUCUAUGAAGCCUCCUGGGCCCUGUCUUGAUCCCUCCCAGGACAUACUCCCCCUACCAAAGCACGCCUGGAUGGCUGGGGAACAUGUGGACGGUUCUAACAGAAACACAUCUCCUACUUCCACCUCAGCACUUAGUGGUCUCUCUGAAAGAUCAGAAAAGAUUCUAGAAGAAUGGGGCUUUACUGACAGCCACACAGCACUUCUGCUGCUGAGGAGAGCUCGGAAGAUGAAGUCAAAGAGACAACUGCAAAAGAAGCAAAGGGAUCCCUCCGUCCGACUUGCCUUGUUCAGAAAUUGUAAUUACCAGCUUGGUCCAGCGGAGGCACAAAACACAACAGCACGAUACAACAGAAAUUAUGCAAAAGCUGGUGGGGCUGAGACGGGCCAUCAGCAGGCAGAGAGGACAGAGCAAGUUAAACAAGAUCAAACUCAGCAGUGGCUCCAUACCCAGGCCACUCAUGGGCAUUCAGACAGUGAUCAUUUCUUACCGGACAUAAACUCAUCCAUUCUGAACGGAGGCAGAGUGCAGCUCGUAGCUAACCCAGCAUAUGCAGAUUGUCUAAAUCACACCAGUGGACUGUGGACGAACAGCAAUUUGGUUGGCCAGGGUUGCAAAGUGAACCGUUAUACCCGUAGAACCUCCUCCAGUCAUGCAAGAAAAGAAGUCCCAUCUCCCGCGCGAGUCACGUCUGCCCCGUCAAAAAAGGAGCGUAUCUCCUUCCGUGACAACCCGGUUCAGCUGAGCGGUGGCUGGGGAGGAGGCAAGAAAAGGGACAGAGUGCGCAAGUAAAAACACAAAGCCUCCUUCCAGAGGUCACCACUUUUCCUGCCCUGCUCUGCAGCCUCUAAUAGAUGCAGUUGCAGCUUUCUUAUAUGUACUUCGAUGCAUUUCGCGUCAAAAGAUUAUUAAAAUAUGCGUUGGAAGAACUCACGUGGAUACUUUAGAAAAUUUUUAGCUAUUAAAAUUCGAUGUGAUUUUC